GAGCCUGCCGCCGCCGGAGCCCGCGCCCGCUCCCGGCCCGCGCGGCCCCAUGCCUCUGGCGCGGCCCUCGGGGGGGUGAAGGUGAAGACCGGCUCCUAGGAUGAGUGAAGGGGCUGCCGCUGCCUCGCCACCUGGAGCCGCUUCGGCAGCCGCCGCCUCGGCCGAGGAGGGCACCGCGGCGGCUGCGGCGGUUGCGGCGGCGGCGGGCGGGGGCCCGGACGGCGGCGGCGAAGGGGCGGCCGAGCCCCCCCGGGAGUUACGCUGUAGCGACUGCAUCGUGUGGAACCGGCAGCAGACGUGGCUGUGCGUGGUGCCUCUGUUCAUCGGCUUCAUCGGCUUGGGGCUCAGCCUCAUGCUGCUCAAAUGGAUCGUGGUGGGCUCCGUCAAGGAAUACGUGCCCACCGACCUGGUGGACUCCAAGGGGAUGGGCCAGGACCCCUUCUUCCUCUCCAAGCCCAGCUCCUUCCCGAAGGCCAUGGAGACCACCACCGCGACCACUUCCACCGCAUCCCCCGCCACCCCCUCUGCCGGCGGCGCCGCCUCUUCCAGGACGCCCAACCGGAUUAGCACCCGCCUAACCACCAUCACGCGGGCGCCCACCCGCUUCCCUGGACACCGUGUGCCCAUCCGCGCCAGCCCGCGCUCCACCACUGCACGGGGCACUGCGGCCCCCCCGACGGUCCUGUCCACCACAGCCCCUUUCUUCAGUAGCAGCACGCCGGGAUCCCGACCCCCGGGGCCAGGAGCCCCCAGUACCCAGGCCAUGCCCUCCUGGCCCACUGCGGCAUACGCCACCUCCUCCUACCUUCAUGAUUCUACUCCUUCCUGGACCCUGUCUCCUCAGGAUGCUGCCUCCGCCUCGUCCUCAACGUUUCCCCCCUCCUCUACCACUACCACCACGCCGGAAACGAGCACCAGCCCCAAAUUUCAUACAACGACAUAUUCCACUGAGCGGUCUGAGCACUUCAAACCCUGCCGAGACAAGGACCUUGCGUACUGUCUCAAUGAUGGCGAGUGCUUUGUGAUUGAAACCCUCACUGGAUCCCAUAAACACUGUCGGUGCAAAGAAGGCUACCAAGGAGUCCGUUGUGAUCAAUUUCUGCCGAAAACUGAUUCCAUCUUAUCGGAUCCAACAGACCACUUGGGAAUUGAAUUCAUGGAGAGUGAAGAAGUUUAUCAAAGGCAGGUGCUGUCAAUUUCAUGUAUCAUCUUUGGAAUUGUCAUCGUGGGCAUGUUCUGUGCAGCAUUCUACUUCAGAAGCAAGAAACAAGCUAAACAAAUCCAAGAGCAGCUGAAAGAGCCACAAAAUGCUAAACACUACAGUCUCAAAGCAUCCAGCGCAAUGGUAAAGCCAGAGAACUUGGUGAAGAAUCAUGUCCAGCUGCAAAAUUAUUCAAAGGUGGAAAGGCAUCCGGUGACUGCAUUGGAGAAAAUGAUGGAGUCAAGUUUUGCCGGCCACCAGUCAUUCCCGGAGGUUCCUUCUGCUGACAGAGGAAGCCAAUCUGUCAACCACCACAGGAGUCUCUCCUCUUGCUGUAGCCCGGGGCAGAGGAGUGGUAUGCCCCACAGGAAUGCCUUCAGAAGGACACCCCCUUCACCUCGAAGUAGGCUGGGUGGAAUCGUGGGACCAGCAUAUCAGCAACUUGAAGAAUCAAGGAUCCCAGACCAGGAGACGAUACCUUGCCAAGGGGUAGAGGUCAGGAAGACUAUAUCCCACCUGCCUAUACAGCUGUGGUGUGUUGAAAGAUCCCUGGACUUCAAGUAUCCAUCCAAUGGUUUAAAAACCCAACAAAAUGCAUCAAUAAAUAUGCAACUGCCUUCAAGAGAGACAAACUCCUAUUUUAAUAGUUUGGAGCAAAAGGACCUAAUGGGAUAUUCAUCUCCAAGGGCCAGUUCUGUGCCCAUCAUCCCUGCCAUGGGUCUGGAGGAAACCUGCAUGCAAAUGCCAGGGAUUUCUGAAGUUAAAAGCAUCAAAUGGUGCAAAAACUCCUACUCUACUGAUAUUGUCAAUGUGAGUAUUCCAGUCAGCGAUUGUCUUAUAACAGAACAACAGGAAGUGAAAAUAUUGCUAGAAACUGUCCAGGAGCAGAUCCGAAUUCUGACUGAUGCCAGACGGUCAGAAGACUAUGAACUGGCCAGCGUAGAAACCGAAGACAGUGCGAGUGAAAACACAGCCUUUCUCCCCCUGAGUCCCAUGGCCAAAUCAGAACGCGAGGCACAAUUUGUCUUAAGAAACGAAAUACAAAGAGACUCUGCAGUGACCAAGUGACUUGAGAUGUAGGAAUCUGUGCAUUCUGUGCUUUGCUCAACAGGAAAGAGAGGAAAUUAAAUACAAAUUAUUUAUAUGCAUUAAUUUAAGAGCAUCUACUUAGAAGAAACCAAAUAGUCUAUCGCCCUCAUACCAUACUGUUUUUUAACAAAAUAUUUUUUUAAAGGGAAAGAAAUGUUUCAGGAUGGAUAAAGCUUACAACUCAAGCUUUUGGGUAGAAUUCUGAAUACAAUUUCGGUUAGUCCCGACACCGUUCUCUUUGGCUCUUAGUAGAUGUGGGCAAUUCAGACCCUCAGUCCCACAGCGCCAGUGUCCUCAUAAAAAAGCACUGGCAGUUAGCCGUUUCAGAGAUGAGCUGUCUCCGGCGGGCGGAAGUGCCAGUGAGCAGGCAGCCCUUGCCAUUUGGCUUGCCAGUUCCCACCCCUAAAUUUCUAUUCACUCGACAGCCUCAUAACAGGAUUUGUCAUGUCAACAAAUGUAGUGUUCCUUAUUUAAUUUUUGAAGAAUGGCACACAAACUCCAGAAGGAGAAGGAGGGCAGCAGAUAGAGGGGGGAACCGGGGGCAAUCUUAGCUACUCUUACGUGCAGCUUCCUCUGAAAUUUGAAGGCUCAGAAUCUCAGAGGAAGGUGUGAAAUUAUUAUAGAAAAAGAGACAAAAAUAUCACAAUGUCGUGUCACUAAAAUCAUGCUAAUAGAAAUGUAUUUCUUUGAGAUCUUUUAGGGGCUCCAGAGGAGCCCUUCUCGGUCCGUGUGCCCGUGUGUGUGUGUGUGCGCAAGUGUGUGUGUCUGUGUGCUUGCUCACUUGAGCACUGGUAUGCUGUAUGCACAUGUGGUCAUUGUGCGUAUGUGUGUGCAUGUGUGUGCAUAUUAAGCUUGCUGAAAUUUGUUCUGAAACAUCAGGGAAUCUAAUAUUCAGAAAAAAAAAAUUCCCUCUUAAAUCUGUUCACUUCAAAUUUUUCCGUUAAGUAUAAAGUCCAGUUAGUUUUAAAUCCAAGUCACUUGCAUGGUGGGGUCCUAUAAAACUCUUGACAAUGUCAGGACCACUUUCUGAUGUGAAUACUUUUGAAAGGAACAACUGUUGGCUCAUUAAUGAUACCAGGGUGAGUUGAGGAUGUAUGUUUAUUUCGAAUCCUUCAUACUUAAGUGAUUUACACAAAUUAGUUAUCAAACUGACACCCUUGCUUUCUCGUCAUCCUCAUUAUUAUUUAUUUUGUAGCAAGUCUACCGAGUGUGGACCAAGACAUGGCUUCUCUGGUUAAUACGAAAGGAAUAAAUUAAUGAAAUCACAAAGCCCAGACUAUUCAGUUCAGAGAAAGCCCCCAAAAGAACAGUAAACUGUGUUGUAUGUUCAUUUGGAAUAAAGCAAUAUUUUUACCACUGCUAAGGUGAACUGAAACUUCUCCUGAAGAUCUGUCUGUUUUCUUUAUCCUUACUUUCAUGGGGCAUUUCAAGGAAAUUAGUGUUCACAUAACCAGUCUUUUUCCAGUUAUUGGUGGUGUUGAGUUGUUAUGUUUACACUGUUUUAAAUAAAAAGGCACAGUAUUUGAAAGUAUAUAACAGAUUCUUUUACUGCAGUCUGGGAAAACCUUGAUUAAAAUUUCCUUGUGCAAGAUUCACAUCCCAUUCAAAGGGAAUGUAACUAUUUCUAAAUCAAAUAUUGAAAAUAUACAGUUCUUAUUUGAGUUUAAGUUGUUUCUGUUGAAAAUACACAGCAAAUUGCUCUUUGAGAACCUUCUUUACUAACAGACAUAAUGCCAGCAGGGAAAAGAAAGAACAUGGUGUUCUUACCAAUACUGUUUAGUGGAAAGUCAAGGUCUCUAAUGUUGAACAUGCUUUGGUAGAAAUGCAUUUUGCAUGUAACAAAAGGUUUGUGGUAUUCAUUGGUUGUUCUAUUAUUGUUCUGUUGUUUUGAAUAUAGAGGCAACAUUGUUAGACUUUUAAAAGAUUAUGUUUAAUUUUAAAUAUCUAAGUCAUCUAAUUCUCAUUUAAAAAAUAUUGUAUCAUUGGAAAAUUUUUUGGAAGAUGCUCCUAAUUAACAGAUAUAUGAACCCCCAUUAGGUGCAUAUCCGACACGUUAUUGUGUUGAAAUUUGUCACAAUUAUCAAACAUUAACUGAAAGGCCUCGCAAGUCUGUUGAAGUCAAUCUUGUUUUUAGAGUUUUUUUCACAGAAAUGUUACCUGUUGCUUAUCUAAAGGAUUUAUACAGAAUUCACCUGAGUAGAAGGUUAUAAUAUAUACUCUGUAAUUAACUGAGUAUAUAGUCAGUUAAUUAAUAUAUGAUUUACUAAAAAGAGACUGAAGAUUUUCUAUCAACUUGAGUCCUGAUCCAACCCCUUAUUAUUUUUUAAAGGAGAAUCAUAUAUUAUGUGAUUAUAAACACCCUUGUGCAUUCUGAAGAGCAUGAACAUUAAGCAAAUUUACUGGCAGUCUAAUGUAAAGAUUAGAGAUCUAGUUACUUCCUAAAUGAUAGCCAAGACAAAAUCCCCCAACAAGAACAAAUAUUAAAGGUUAAUUUCAGUGGUCAUUUGUCUCCUUUUGGAAUAUGAAACUCUCCUGUGAAAAGGGUCCAAGCCCAAAGUGCACAUCUUUGGGCACCAACUGACAAGUGCUGAUAGCAUCAAGACUUCCACAGUUGAUCUAACAUGGCAGACACAUGGAGCCAUCGGUACCUUGUCCUUCAAGCUCAUGUGCCUACAGAGAAGUGCUUCUUUCUACAAGACGCUUUUAAUUUUGCUUCAUUUUCCUUGUCUUUAUUAUGUGAAUAGAUUAUUUGGAGAUUUGUGUUUAAGUGAAUUUGCAUAUUCAUUAUUUACUGAAGAAUGAAUGUCAUCCGUUAUUUUUUUACUCUGGAUCACUUUCUGAUAUGUCUUUUUUUAUAAAGCAUAUGUUAUUUUAAUUUGCCAGUGACUGCUAUGGAACCCUGCUGUUCAAAAUACACGACCAAUUGUAUUCUAAAGAGAAAUAGCAAAAAUCAUGCUGGAGAACUGGCAUUCAAUUUUCUUCCUCAUUUUCUAUGUACAUUAUUAAGUGCUCUAUGUUUUACACUCUAGUCCAAUAUCGACCUUGCUAUGGGUUAAGGACUAAAUAUUUGUGACUCUAUCACAUCUCCUAUGAUUUACAUCAUGUCUAAGUAGCAAUAUUCUUCUAAGUCUUCUGGAGAAGGAACAGUGCUGUUUUUUAGGACUUCACACAUUCAUCUGUUUUGAUAGUAACCUAUCAGACCUACCAAAAAGAGAAGAGAAGGGUCAAGCAGACUUCAAGAGAAUUCUCACUGGCUUCCAGAUUAAAGACAGCUACAAUUUGAGCAAGGUCCCUGGUGACCAUGGCUAAGGCCUGUCAAUAACCAGGUCUCCACCAAACAUGCUUGAUGUAUGGCAGCAGUCGUUCACACCAAUUCUGCAGCAUGGUGCUAUAGGAAACCAUGCCUCUCUGAGUGAGGGGCUAUGGGUGUUCCUUGGAUUCCAGCCCUGUAAACUUGAAAAUAGGGCCCUGAGACAUGCGCUGUGAAACAUUUCACAUAUGAGUAUUUAGUAAACCUAGGAACACAGCAGGAGGGGUGGGAUUUUUAUUUGACCUUUUAGAAUCUGGGAAACAUUUUAUAUA